AUGGACCGGAAGGGGGGUGAGGGGCAGCCGGAUUCGGAGGGUCGCGGGGCGCAGGACCCCUUGCGGCGCGGGGGAAGCCGCCGCGUUAACCCUGCCCGAAUUAGUGCAGCGGACGAGACUAAAAUAGCAAGGCGGCGUGUACAAUUACAUACGGCGCGUCAAUGUCGGCGCGCCGGCACGCGCUCGCUCGCGCGCCGCGGCCCGCCUCGCGCCGGUAAGUUUACACUGUGUGUGCUUGCAGAGCGCGCGACCAGCCCUAUAUGUGGCGCCGCCGGCCGUCGUGCUACCGCCGAUGGCGCCCUCGCGCCACACCUCCCUCCUCGCACCUCGCGCGUCGUUCUAUUCUUGGACUCAUCUGUUCCACUAUAUACUCGC